AUGAAUUGUGAUUUAAUGACACACAACAGAAUUUAUCUUCCUCAAUCACUCAAAUUCGCUGGUGAAAGUCAAUUACAAUCGAUUUUGAAUGAGUAUAAAUUGAUGAAUGUUACCAUGAUUGAAUUGUGGCCAACUCUUGGAGCAUUUGGUUUUUAUACAUGGGUUUACGCUAGAAUAUUUUAUAACGAGACUCAUUGGAUCUGGUUGAAUUCUUCAUCGAUCAAAUUUCCAUCGUCAGUUAAUUCUCCAUUAACUGAAUCUGAAUAUCCCGAACCUUAUUUACCUCGAUUACUUAUAACGUCAAAUCCAGAUCAUCAUUUUGAAAUAUAUACUGACCUUUUAUUAUUACCAUCAUUAUACAUGAAACCCGUAUUCGGUGAUUGUCUGUGGACAUCAACUAAUUAUACAAACUCUUUGAAUCAAACGCAAACAACAACAAUCUGUUCAGGAUGGUUACCAGUCGAAAAAAUCAAUGAAAUCGAACAGGAACUACAUCACAAUAUUUGUGUUCUCUUACCACAACCGUUUCAGAUCAAUGGAAAACCAUACACGUUGUUUGUCAACAUUACACAAAACAAUAGUUUCCAUUGGCCGUCGGAUAUAUUUUGGUAUACUGUUCCAUCUCCAUCACCAAAUGACAUAAUCACGACAAAGCCAGUUUCUGAUGCUUGGUUCAAUGAUCUUCAAUGGCCAAACACAUUUGUCAAUCAAUGGAGAUCAGAUAUGUAUCAAUUGAGUGGUGUCCAAUCACUCACGUAUGAAAAUACAACGCAAAUUUAUUUGACUCGUAAAUCUUCUAUACAAACCGAUAAUCAAUUGAUGGACUUAAUCGAUUAUCUCAUUGAACGUUACAACAAAUUGAAUAUUCGGACGGAAAAACAGAUAUUUUACUGGCGAAAUAUAAUGCAAGCAAAUCUUAUUGCUUAUAUACCUGCUGGCGGAUCCUACAAAUGUCAGGAACCUGUAAUAUUUAUCGAUCAUAUUGACACUGCAUUCGAAGAAGAUACAUUCGUCAAUACCGGAAAACGGCAAUCAACGCAAGGUGCCGAUGACAAUGUUAGUGGUUUGGUUGCUUUACUUCAAUCAGCUUCGAUACUGAAAAAAACUCAAGAAAAGGCGUGUCGUGAUAUAUGGUUAGUUCAUUUGACUGGUGAAGAAUACCCUGCGGCUAGUUUGGGUGUCUCACAUUUCCUACAGCAGCUAUUCAUAAAAAAACAGCCAAUACACACUGCUGUCAUUGUUGAUAUGAUCGGUCAUCGUGUCAAUCGAAGUGAUCCUAUUGUUCAAGUCAAUGCAGGAGAUUCAACCAAAUCAUUGCUCAUGGCUGAAUUAGCUCUCAAUUAUGUUUAUCCACGAAUCAAAAAUGAUUUAAUCUUACAGAAUUUACAGCCCGUUCUACGUCGAUGGAGUGAUCCAUUUGCAUAUUUGUACAAUACUGACGGAAUUAGAUUUGUUGAAUAUGGUUUUACUUGUCUGCUAUUCAAUGAACACAUAAAUUAUCAUGAAAAUUUCGAACGUGUUGGAUAUCAUGACACAUUAGACACUGUGGAUUUAAUUGAUUUUGAAUAUGGACAAACAGUCUCACAAUAUGCAAUUGCUACAGUAGCAAUGUUAGCUCAUACAGAUUGCCACUCAGACUCACGUUGA